AUGAUUUUUGGAAAGAAAAGUUCGAUAGGAAACGUAUUUUAUGACGUUCAAUGCGUGGAGCAAGAAAAGAAGAAGAGUCGAUCCAUACUCCGUCAACUUUCACAACUUUCUAGAAGAUCUAUAGACAGUUUGUCAUCUACACUCUCAUCUCCGAGAACUCCCAGCCCCAGAGCCACUUUUUCCGACUACCCAAAUCCAUGUGAACUCAUCCUCCUCUCCGCCCUCCAAGCUCACGUCAUUUCUGGAGAUGACAUGAGAAACUGUGCAACUGAAAUUCAAUCCCUCACUCUCAGUGAAAAGCAAAAACUUGUGAAUUUCUUCAAAUCUGACGGAGAUGCAGCUGGAAUUCUGGAGAAUAACGCCUUCAAGGCAUUCAACUGCUCCAAUCUUUCAUCUGAUCUUUUGAAAGAAGAUGGUGCAGAACUGUUAGAACAACUCUGGCUGAAACUUAACAAUUUGGUCAUCCCAUCACUCCAAUCAAUGUGUUUCCCAUUGAGCGAAAUCGACGCCUCAUUUGAUGUUCAGACUCUCAUAUUGACUUCCUUCCGUGACAGAGUUCUUGCAAAGCUGUUGCAAGAUGUUGACCAAGAAAUUCCACAACUGAAAUCGAUACUUCUGACGAUAAUGGUGGAGACCGAAGAGAUUCCAGCUUCACUGAGAACGAAAAUCGACAUCUGUUUGGGAAAGAAUCCAAGCUCAUCUAAUAAUAACAAGCCUCGCUACCAGAAGAAAACUCGCUCCAAAACAGACUCUUGCCUCUCAAGUAAACGAAAAUCCGUAUCCUGGAUGGACGAUAUGCAGGAUCCAAACUCGAGAAAAUCGUCCACUUUCUGUGCAUAG